GGGCCGCCCAGUUGCCCCGGUAGUGGCCGCAUUGUGAGGUGGUUCUGGUCACAGGCCAGGGGGUUGAGGUGGGAGGAGACGGAAGUGGUGGGGGGCAGUGGCAGCCUCCUGGGCUCUGCCUGAGCCCAGCCCCUGCCUGGGGCCUUCUGUCUCCGCCACCACCAUGGGCAGUGCGUACCACUGGGAGACCCGUCGCCGGCAGAUGGCUUUGGACCGGAGGAGGUGGCUCAUGGCCCAGCAGCAGCAGCAAGAGCAGAAACUGAAGAAACUCCAAGAAGAACGGCAAUCUGAAAAAAAACCCCAGCCAUCUCGGGAGUCGCCGCAGGAGUCGCGGCCACCGCCGGCGCCAUCACAGUCGCCACCCGCGCAGCCGCAGCCUCCGCAGGUACCCGAGCGGCCGCCGCCGCCGCCGCCGCCUCCGCCUCCUCAGCCAAAGCCACAAAAUGCCCAAGACCCUCUUACUCAGCGCACCUCCCGGUACAUUCUCCAGGAUUCCCAAAGACCGGGCGCCCACAAGGACAGAUUCCAAGGAGGGGUGACGAACCCUCAAGGUGCAGUCAACGAAUUACAUCCAGCAGUGGUGAUUCAGAGGCAGACCCCCAAGACCCCUGGCCAUCAGCAAACAUCAGAUGAGCAGCCCCAUCUUCUUACCUCCCAGCAACAUCUCCACUUCAAAAGCCAACCCCUCCUGAUCCACUCUGGCAGGGGAGGCUAGCUGGGAAUAACAUGCGAUCUCUUCCCGGAAAGAAUCAAGAGACUGGCUGGGCUCCCUGAGUCCGAGAUGAGGGGGAGGGGGCAGGAAGACCCACGAAGAGGAUGGAGAGGGUGCGAGAAGAAAGUGGAGGGCAAUUCCAUGCUUCUCCAGGCAAAGCCAAUGGGACAACUUGGCCUUGGGCCCCCCAGGUCUACAGCUCCACUACCGGCCCUUAUUUAGCAGCGAUAGGCCUGCUGGGGGCUCAGGUUUACGACUCUCACUGGAGCCACCACCAGCCCUUCCUCCUGGCCGAUGCUUACUGAGAUGCAUCCGGGGAAGCGUGGCUUGCAUCACACCAGAGCAGACCCGGGACCUGGGGCAGCAUCAGGAAGAAGUGGCAGGCAGGGGCCUCCCCCAAGUCCAGUGUCAUGCCUGGUCCACGGUGGGCACUCGGCUGUUGAACGGAGGAUGGUUGGAAGGGAUGGAGAGAAAGAACUCAGAGGAAAGGAGGACUGUAGCCUUCAGGCACAGGACACCUGACCUUGGGAAGACGGGGACUUGGCCCCCCUCCCCCCAAAUCCACAGGCCUCUUCCUCCCUGGGUCUCAGCCUCUCCAUGUAGCAGAGGCAACCAAGAGGCUCUGGAGGCCCCAGGCAUCCCCCUCACCACUGCCUGAAACUGACACCUGGGGUCCCCCAGCCCUGCUCCCUCUCUCCACCCUUGACCGGUGAGGGGGAAUGCCUGGGGCCUUUCGUUGUAGCCUCGCCUUUGGGUGAGACUGAAGGAGCCUCUCGGGGCAGCGUUCCCUGAGAGGAGCAGCUGGGGGAGGCGAAGGAGCGGGGGCGCACAGAACAGGAGCAUUCGCGUCGGGAGGGACUCAGAGAUACACGACGAGGGAAGGGGAGAGAGCGGGCUCCUGGGAGCGGCCUCCCAGAAGGCAGAGAGGCGGGGCGUGUUCCCGAGGGGCUCGGGGACUGGGGAAGAGACCGUGAUGCCCACCUGGAUAUUAAGAAACAGGCUGUGAGACGGGGAGCGUCCACCAGCUCCCUUCCCACUCACAGGAGCCGUUUAUUUUCCUUUCUUAAACAUUGUUAAGCACAGUUGAUCGACUCCAAUAUAAAUCCAUUACAUUUGGCGAACUCCACCCAGCGUGAGCUCCAGCCUGGCCCUCGUGGACUUCCGUGCUCUUACCAGCACCACCUCGACGCCAGUUACCCAGGCGUGAAAGCGUGCAGACAGCACGAACUCCUUCCUUCCCCUCAUCCAC